GUCAUCUAUUUUAAUCUCAUCUCCUUUUUUUUCUCUAUUUUGGUUUUAUGUGGAAGCUCAGUUUUAGGUACUUAAAAGUUAGUGGACUGCUUUUCUUGUGGAAAUGGCUUUCAACUCAUCAACCAAAGCAACCCCUGAAAUGAGCUUGAAGCUUCUAAUCAACAAAAAGGACAAUAAAGUCGUCUUCGCUGAAGCUGAAAAAGAUUUCAUAGAUUUCCUAUUCAACCUCCUGACUUUGCCUAUUGGUACCAUUACGGGUUUCCUCCCAAAAGAAAUUUGUCUAGGAGGCCUGCAUGAGAGUAUGAAAAAACUGGAGGGAGCUUACUUGCAGCCUAACCAGAGCUCGGACUCGCCCUUGAAGUUGAACACACCAGCCUAUGCUAUUCUUCCUUUCUUUAAUUCUUCUUCAUCAAGGAGUUAUGGUCAUGUGCAGGGCUUGGUUACCUACAUGGUGACUGAUGACUUGUCGAUUACACCCAUGUCCUUGUCAGCAACCAUGGCUUUGUUUAAGAAGUACAACAUAGAAGAAGUUGAUGUUCUCGAGGAGAAGGUGGUUGCAAUUGGCCUUGAUGAGGCUUUGCAGAUAUUGAAGGGUGCUCUGCAGUCCAAGGCAGCUCUCACUAAAGCCUUCCUUGAGAAAGAAGAAACAAAAGCCAAAGUUAACCAUCGAAUGGACAACCACAACCAACCGUUGAUCAUUGUACCGUCUAGCCAUCAAAUCGACUACCAACCAUCGACCAUUGAACCGCCUAGCUAUGAAAUUGACUGUCGACCAUCUACCAUUAAACCGCCUAGCCAUCAAAUUUAUCGUCAACCAUUGAUCCUUGAACUGCCUAGCCAUCAAAUCGACUGCCAACCAUCAACCAUUAAACUGCCUAGCCAUCAAAUCGAUUGCAAACCGCCUAAACCAGCAACCACACUGGUGACCAUCCAAAUAAAACCCAUGUCACAUGUUGGGCUCUAUGGUAAACCCAGGAGUAGUGGAGAAGUCUUUCCUUCGGAUGCGUAAUGUAUUAAAAGGCCUCCUCAUUUUUAUCACCAUCAGAUGUGGGAUUGAUAUAUUAGUUUCAAGAAAAGUCAAUGAAAAAAAAAUCCCACCUAUAACAAUUUGAACUAUGGACCUCAAGUUGAGGAGAUAACAUAGGCACCAUUCGGUUA